AUGAAGGUCCAAGCUUUCGGAAUCGUUUGCCUCCUCGGCAGCGCUCUUGCGGCCCCCUUCGAGCAGGCCCAGAACGCCCAGGAGGUCCAGUCCCAUCAAAUGGGCGCCGCCGCCGCCCCCGCUGCCUUCACCCUGGAGGACAUUGACGCCAACAGCAUGAUGGCGGGCCACCACCAGAUGCAGCGCCCCAACAACAACAUGCCCACCGGCAUUGACAUGGACGCCUUCGAGCAGAUGGUCGCCCAAGUCCAGAAGCAGGUCGCCGCCAUCGAGCAACUCGUCCAAACCCAGGGCGCCGACCCCAAAGCGCUGCUCAACGCCCUCGUCACCCCCAUGACCGAGCUCAACCAAACCCUCGCCAUGGGCGUCAGCCGCCUCGCCCUCCCGGACCUGGGCGGCAUCCUCGGCGGCGUCAUCGGCGGCGGCGGCGCCGCUAAGAAGGCCAAGCCGCUCGGCCUGCUCAGCGAGCUGCUGCGGUCGGUUUCGAACCUGCUCGAGGGUCUGUUGACGAAGGGCCCGAUUGGUAAUCUGCUGAAUGAUUUGCUGGGUGGGAUUUUGGGCGGUGUUACUGGUACGGUUGGCGGUGUGCUGGGUGGGGGUGCGGCGAGCCAGGUGCCGGAUCUAUUGGAGGGGAUUCUGAACUCGGUUGGGACUGUUGCGGGUGGCGCCGUUGGUGGUGUGCCGGUUGCGCUGCCUUAG